AUGUCAGACGUGUUACCCCAAGUUGAAAUCUUGCAAGAAGGAGACAACAAAACAUUUGCUCAAAAGGGCGAUGUUGUAACUAUCCAUUACGACGGUAAAUUAACCAACGGAAAGGAAUUUGACUCAUCUAGAAAAAGAGGUAAACCUUUUAGCUGCACCGUUGGUGUCGGCCAAGUCAUUAAAGGUUGGGAUAUUGCAUUGACUAAUAAUUUCGGUCAAGGUGGCAUUCCCAAGAUUUCCAAGGGAACUAAAGCCUUGUUGACUAUCCCACCGGAGAUUGGAUACGGAUCUAGAGGGUUUCCUGGGUUGAUUCCUGCUAAUUCAACUUUGGUUUUCGAAGUUGAGUUGUUGAAUGUUAAUGAUAAAUAG